UGCAAGUGGGAGGGAUUUCUGGUUGGUGACAUGUAUCCUGUUUAAGAAUAAAAAAUAAAAAAAAACUACCGGCACCUCCCUUUGAGGUAACUUUUCCCACUUUGGGAUUUGGCAGCACCAGCACAGGAUCGCAGCAGCGGAUCACACAGCCUUUCCAACAUGACAGAGUCAGCUGAAGCCAUCGCAGCCGAUGUGGACAGGAAGAGAAGUGUCGUCAUUGAAAUCUCAAAUAUCACGAACAACUACUGCCUCCUUAACCCCAGGGUGUACCUUGAAAAUGGCGAGACAUACAACCCACCUCAACCCACAGUGCGCCCUCUGAUGACCGAGGUCUGCACUUUCACCAAGUCCAGUGGCAAAGCCACCGGCAGCAUUGGCGUACUGACCUACGACCUCUUCGAGAGGUCGCAGAACGACUACAUUGAGACUCUGGCCAUCAUGUUCUCAGUUCCCUGGGACUACAACCUGUACAAGAAUUGGUUCGCGGUGGGCAUCUACAAAAAGGGCCGUGAAUGUGACAAGGCAUUGUAUAAAGAAAUGUACUACGAGAAGAAUCAGAAAGAGCAUGGGUUUGUCAGGGAGGAAGCCACGGGGUCAGGAAUCAGUUAUGUGGGCAACUACUUAGACAUAAAGGCCACCAUGAGUCCGCUGGAAAAAGCCAUCAUGAAGGUGGAGGUGUGGGAUAAGCUUUUCACACCCAUGGGCCAGCAGGCGUACUAGAAAUCCCCACAGCAGAAUUCAUCCCUCCGCCUCCAGCUUUUACCUGGCAGACGGCUUCUAAUGCAGUCAACACGCAUGAUUUCACAGAUGUAUUGUUGCUGACAUGUGUCUGUAUGCCUGUGUAUUACCCCUCAGUAAAUCUGCUUACCAUCAGAGUUUAGUUUGUUUAUAAAUCCGGGCAGCAAUAACGCCCCUUUUAUAGCCGAAGCCUCUGUCUGUUUCAAUAGCACCGGGCUUUAAAAUGGCACCUUUAGAAAAUGAAAAUCAAAGGAUGACUCACCAGAGGAUGAGGCCACAUGGCUUAAUAAAACACACAGAGAAGCGUGUUUGUGUUUACCUUGACACUGCAGUCUGAGGAAUAAAAUAAACCUUUUUUUUUUGCCGAAGCUA